UUCAGUUGACAUGCCUGCACUGCAAAUGUACUGGAAGUUCCGGUAGACGGGGACUGGACAUUUCCGGUAGACAGGGUUGGACAUUUCCGGUAGACGGGGCCUGGACAUUUCCGGUAGACGGGGCCUGGACAUUUCUGGUAGACGGGGCCUGGACAUUCCGGUAGACGGGGACUGGACAUUUUUUCAGAUAUGUCACAUGCACAGUUAAGACUCUUAGGAAGUAAUAUCAGUAUUCCGUAACAACGUUCACUCUGUGGACAAGGACGACGUAAAGACAAUCUCAGUUAUUCAAUCACACAUGUAGCACAUAGUGGCGGGUUUUAAAGAAACAAGACACUUUUAACUGGGGGAUUGAACUGCUUCUUGCCGUGUGUUCAGUUGUCCUAUGUAACAUUUUGUACUUGGUGUGAAUACAAUGCCUGUUUCCUGUGAGGCAAUCUGUGGGUGACCCAAGUAUUGAGGACAAAUGGAAAAGGAAGCAGGAAUUAGGGUCGACACCACAAGAGGGCUGUCUCACCCCGUUAACACGUGUAAGGCUUCACUGCUAUAUGUGACUAUUUUCCUCUCUGUGGGUUCAUUGCUUAUGUAUUUUAUAACUACGGAUUUGUAUUCAAAGAGGAACGUCUAUUUACAGCCGGUAAAAUGGACUGUCAACUUCCCUAAAUUAACUACUGCUUACAACAAACCUUCACAAAACAGCACAUCGUAUUCCAGUGAAGAUCGGAAAAAAGAACCUAAACCAAAAAUACCCACGAACCAAAAGAACCAAGCCAAGGCCGGCGUGAUUGAGGAACAGUUGAAUCAAACCGAUCUUCGUGAAACACAAAAACCGAAAAUAAACUCUACGCAGGCGACUUCGCCUGUUUCCGGUAAACCCAAACUUGUCCUGUCUUGGACUCCAGUGCCCGGCAUGGACUAUAUGACACUUAGAACUUAUAAAAAACCGGAGUUUAAGAGCUUGGGCUGCCCAAUCAGUAACUGUAUCUACACUGAGGAUAAGUCUUUGGCUGAUAAAAGCGACGCUAUUGUUUUUAUAGCCAGAAGUUUGGGAAAGAAACCUAAAAAACUGCCUCACCAGCGCUGGGUGUGGGUGACGCACGAGAGCUCGUGUAACUCCGGCGAAAAUGGCGGAGUUUGGGAGGGAAUGUUUAAUUGGACGAUGACAUUUCGGAGGGAUUCGGAUAUUUUUGCACCAUGGUUUUUUCUAAAAAAACGGGACAAACCUUUGAUCAAAAACUUUACGGAAAUCACAUUGAAGAAAACCAAAAUGGUGGCUUGGUUUGUCAGUAAUUGUAAUACUCAGAGCAGACGAGAGGAUUACGUCAGAGAGUUGCAGAAGUACAUCAAAGUGGACAUUUACGGAAAUUGUGGUCCUUUAAAAUGCUCAAAGAGAGAAAAUGAAAAAUGUGAAGCUAAAAUGAAAAAAGAAUACAAAUUUUACCUCUCAUUCGAAAAUAGCAUCUCGACGGACUACAUAUCAGACAAAUUUUGGAAAACCGCAGGACAGAACAUUGUACCCAUAACGCGCGGAAGUCCGGCAAAUUACUCCAGAGUAGGAAUACAACCAAGUUGGCACAUUUCCACAAAUGAUUUCAAGUCACCGAAGGAUCUGGCACAUUAUCUUCAUUAUCUAGCUAAUAAUGUCACGGCUUAUGUAAAAUACUUGGAGUGGAAAAGUGUUUACGAUGUAGAUUUACGUCUUAAGUCGUAUUGCGAACUGUGUGCAAAGCUGAACGAUCCCAGCGAACCGGUCACGUGGUACGCCAAGGGGAAGCUGGCAGAAUGGUUCAAUAAAGGACACUGUUUGCCCCCAAGUGAUUUGAACUUUAAAGGAAACACGGAUAGGAAAACUAGGAAAAGAUAGGCAAGCAUAAACAUUGAAUUAGAAAAAAAC